AUGCAAUAAGUAAUAAAAAAACCAUCAGAAAUUUAAUAUUUUGGUAAUCGAAUUAUUAAUUUUAAUGAAGUUUUCUACAUUAAUUACUUCUCUACAAAAGGUGAAAUGGAAGGGAAGUUGUGCUGUUUUAGAAGAACUUAAAAAUUUCUUAUAGGAAUUUAAUGCAAUUGUAAUCGUAUUUUACUUAAUUUAGUAUCCAUAACACAUAAUAAAAUUAUCUCAAAAGUUUUCUUUUCUAAUUUUAGAUAAUAAUAGAAGAGUUUAGCUAUUAGAGAAUAUAAAAUUUUUAUUUCUGAUUGUUUUAUGAUUAAGAAUUGUAGAAUUAUAUUCAAACUAAGAAUUCAAAGAGUAUGUCAAAAUGAGUUGGAGAUUAGUUCUUAAAUGAUUUAAUUAUAUAUCAAUACUGGAAAGUAAAAGCAAAAUAAAAUUUUAUAUUUUUGA